AUGACACAGUUGGCCGCGGAUCUUCUUCAGCAAUACGACCCCUCCAGAACGGAGUUGACUCAGGAAGAGCAUCAGUGGGCUGUUGCAGUUAAAACUGCCAUUGAAAAAAUCCCAGAUCUCGACAAUUUGACGGAUUUUAUGUAUGCUCAGAUGGCCAUUGUUUCUAAAGGCAAUGUUGAUGAUGCCGUUGUGAGGGCAUUCAGACUUCAAGAGCACAAGAAAGACAACAAAAUAAUGGACACCUUGGAUGAUGCGCUGAGGAAUCUGCCAAAAGAAGCUCACUACCUCUCUAUUGACUACAACAUCCAAUCUGGUGGCUAUGUUGUUGCAUUUGACGUUGCAAAGACCGAUGGAGCCAUGUGGAGGAAUCCAGAAGAGACAUGCUAUUACAACCGCAGGCAAUUCUAUUCCUCCCAAAUGGCACAUUGUGAUUUGGAUGCACUCAGGGUUGGCCAAACUGUUCUUGUUGAAUGUGGAGGGUACCAGCUGGUCAAAGGAAAAAGAAUGGACUUGAGUGCAUUUCGAUCCAUUUGGAAGAGUGCGCAUGCAUGUCCAAAAAAUCUUAAACAAGUCAAAUUCGUUUAUUGCUCCUCCUCUCUUCAAGAUGAUGGUGUCGAUGGCAAAAUCAGUGUUGCCCAGAGAAGUCACAUCUAA